AUGGAAAAUGGAACGUGGACUGAAAUGGUAGGAAGAGUUACAAGAAAGGAAGCAGAUAUGACAAUUGUUCCAUUAUAUAUUACUUUGGAUCGUUAUUCUGCUGUGGAAUUUUCUACAUCAAUAGCAUUUCAGUCAACCGUUUUUAUUGUUAAAGCUCCAGAAAUGAUUUCAAACUGGAAAUCUAUCGUAGCUCCGUUCUCAUUUAUGAUAUGGAUAUUUAUAAUUGUCACUGUAAUUGUAUUUGGAUUGGUUUUGCACAAAGUAAUAGAAAGAGAUUUAACUGCACAAGAUAUUCAAGUAUAUUGGCCAAGACAUAAAGUCUUCUGGAAUUUAUUUUGCACUUUCUUGUAUAAGGGAAUGAAUUUGAAUUCAAUAAAGAAAUUCAGAUCCAGAUUUCUGAUAGGAAUAUGGUGGUUGUCUAUCCUCGUUCUAGUGUCUAGUUAUAGCGGGACUCUAAUGUCGUUCAUGACGUAUCCUUUACAUAAACCUGUUCCAAAAACAUUCGAUGAAUUAGCAGCUUUCGUCAUUAAAGGUGAAUAUUCGUGUGGAACAAGCGGAAAAUCUGCUUUAUGGCUAUCCAUUCUCAAUUCCAAAUUAAAGACAGCUGAAAUAUUACGAGAUAACAUCAUACGAAACGACAACUUUUUAGAAGCUUCGAGAGCCAUGGAGAGAGUAGAACAAGAACAUUUCGCUUUUAUACAAAAUAGUUAUUUAGUACGAAAGUUAAUCAGGAAAGAAGAUUUACAUAAGUACGUGAUUUCGAGCGACUCAUUUGCUGUAUUUAGUGAAGCUUACGGAAUGAAGAAAAAUUUCUCUUAUUCAAAAAAA